AUGGCGGCCCCCGAGUCAGGGCUGGCUUUGAGUCCCGGCACUUCAGAGGGCGAGGAGGAGACGAUCCUCUAUGACUUGUUGGUCAACACCGAGUGGCCCCCCGAGACAGAAGUACAGCCUAGAGGUAACCGAAAGCAUGGAGCAUCGUUUAUCACAAAAGCAAUCAGAGAUCAUUUACUAUUUUUACGCCAAUACAUCUGGUACAGUCCCGCACCCUUUUUGCUCCCUGAUGGACUGGUUCGAUUGGUUAAUAAACAGAUAAACUGGCAUUUGGUACUUGCAAGCAAUGGGAAGCUUUUGGCUGCUGUUCAAGAUCAGUGUGUAGAGAUAAGAUCUGCCAAAGAUGACUUUACCUCCAUUAUUGGGAAAUGCCAAGUUCCAAAAGAUCCGAAACCCCAGUGGAGACGGGUAGCAUGGAGUUAUGAUUGCACACUGCUGGCCUAUGCUGAAAGCACAGGAACUGUGAGGGUAUUUGAUCUCAUGGGAAGUGAACUGUUUGUCAUUUCCCCGGCAUGUAGUUUUGUAGGUGAUUUGAGCUAUGCCAUUGCUGGGUUGAUAUUUUUAGAAUACAAAGCAAGUGCACAGUGGUCUGCAGAACUCCUGGUCAUCAAUUACCGAGGAGAACUUAGAAGUUACCUUGUGAGUGUGGGAACAAAUCAGAGCUACCAAGAAAGUCACAGUUUCAACUUCAGUACCUAUUAUCCUCAUGGAAUAAACGCUGCUGUUUACCACCCUGGUCAUAGACUUCUUCUGGUUGGUGGAUGUGAGACUGCAGACAUGGGCCCAACAACAGCAGCUGGCUGUGGCCUUUCUGCAUGGAGAGUUCUUUCGGGAUCACCUUAUUACAAGCAGGUCACUGAUGGUGGAGAUAGGGUCACCACGGUACCAAAGACACUAGGAUUAUUAAGGAUGUUAAGUGUCAAGUUUUACAGUCGCCAGGGACAAGAACAGGAUGGAAUCUUCAAGAUGAGCCUUUCACCACAAGGAAGCCUCCUUGCAGCCACUCAUUUCUCAGGGAAACUGAGCAUCUGGGCCAUCCCGUCUCUGAAGCAACAAGGAAUGUGGCAUCAAAAUGAGCAGCCAGGCUAUGAUGACCUUAAUCCUAACUGGAGGCUCUUUACUGAGAAGAGAAAAAAAAUAAAAGAUAAAGAGUCCUUUUACCCACUGAUAGAUGUGAGUUGGUGGGCUGAUAGUGCAGUGAUUUUGGCUCGAUGCUCUGGUGCUCUAACUGUGUCUUCAGUGAAAACCUUAAAGAAUUUAUUGGGCAAGUCUUGUGAAUGGUUUGAGCCAUCACCUCAAGUCACUGCUGCCCAUGAUGGGGGAUUUUUAAGUUUGGAGUGUGAGAUUAAACUUGCCCCCAAACGAUCUCGUUUGGAGAUGAGGGCUGGAGAAGAUGAUGAGGGGGGAGAGGAUUCUGACUCCGAUCAUGAAACAUCAGCCAAGGCUCGCUACUUUGGGUACAUUAAACAGGGUCUUUACUUGGUGACUGAAAUGGAGCGAUUUGCACCUCCGCGGAAACGCCCACGAACCAUUACCAAGAACUACCGUCUUGUCAGUUUGCGCUCUACAACUCCAGAGGAGCUUUAUCAGAGAAAGAUUGAAAGCGAAGAGUAUGAGGAAGCCUUGUCUCUGGCUCACACCUACGGCCUGGAUACUGAUCUCGUGUAUCAGAGGCAGUGGAGGAAGUCAGCAGUCAACAUUGCUUCAAUUCAGAAUUAUUUGAGUAAAAUAAAGAAGCGAUCCUGGGUUCUCCAUGAGUGUUUGGAGCGAGUGCCUGAUAAUGUGGAUGCUGCAAAAGAACUGCUUCAGUAUGGAUUGAAAGGCACAGAUCUGGAGGCUCUGCUAGCAAUAGGGAAAGGAGCAGAUGAUGGCAGAUUUACAUUACCCGGUGAAGUAGACAUUGACAGUAUCUCCUAUGAGGAUCUUUCACCACUGGAUGAACAGCCUGCCAAGAAUAAAAAGGAAAAAGAGCUCAAGAAGAGACAAGAACUACUUAAAUUAGUGAACUUCUCAAAGUUGACGCUGGAACAAAAAGAACUUUGCCGUUGUAGACUGAAAUUAUUAACUUACUUGGAUCGACUUGCAACAUAUGAGGAAAUCCUGGGAGUGCCUCAUGCAUCUGGACAGAGAUAUGAUGCUGAGUUCUUUAAGAAGUUUAGAAGCCAGAAUAUUGUUCUCUCAGCAAGAACUUAUGCUCGGGAAAGCAAUGUCCAAGCAUUAGAAAUUCUAUUUACUUAUCAUGGCUCUGACCUUCUUCCUCAUCGCCUUGCAAUUCUCUCCAACUUUCCAGAAACAACUUCUCCACAUGAAUACUCUGUUUUGCUCCCUGAAGCUUGUUUCAGUGGUGACUCCUUAAUGAUUGUUCCUUGGCAUGAACAUAAACACCGAGCUAAAGACUGGUGCGAAGAAUUGGAGUGCAGAGUGGUUGUUGAGCCGAGUCUCCAAGAUGAAAGUGAAUUUUUGUAUGCCGCACAGCCUGAGUUACUGAGGUUCAGGACGGCCCAGCUUACAGUUGAGAAGGCUAUGGACUGGUAUCAGAGCAGAGCAGAAGAGAUAGAACACCAUGCCGGGCAGGUUGACUGUGCAUUGUCACUUAUUCGACUUGGAAUGGAGCGGCAUAUUCCUGGUUUGCUAGUUCUGUGUGAUAAUUUGGUUACUCUGGAAACACUGGUUUAUGAAGCUGGGUGUGACUUAACCCUAACCUUGAAAGAACUCCAGCAAAUGAAAGACAUUGAAAAACUAAGAUUACUGAUGAAUGGCUGUUCUGAGGACAAAUAUGUGACAAGUGCCUACCAAUGGAUGGUUCCGUUUCUCCAUCGUUGUGAGAAACAGUCUCCUGGUGUAGCUAAUGAGCUACUAAAAGAAUAUUUAGUAACUUUAGCUAAAGGGGAUUUAAAAUUUCCCCUGAAGAUAUUUCAGCAUUCCAAACCAGAUCUGAAGCAAAAAAUUAUUCCUGAUCAGGAUCAGCUGAUGGCAAUAUCGCUAGAGUGCAUCUAUAACUGUGAACGAAAUGAUCAACUCUCUCUUUGCUAUGACAUCUUAGAAUGUCUGCCACAAAGAGGAUAUGGUCAUAAGACAAAGAUGACCACAACUCUUCAUGACAUGGUAGACCAACUGGAACAAAUUCUCAGUGUGUCAGAGCUUUUGGAAAAACAUGGACUUGAGAAACCUAUUUCAUUUGUUAAGAACACUCAGUCUAGCUCUGAAGAGGCUCGCAAGCUGAUGGUUAGAUUGACCAGACACGCCGGUCGGAAGCAGCCUCCUGUGAGUGAGUCUCAUUGGAGAACCUUGCUGCAAGACAUGUUAACCAUGCAGCAGAAUGUGUACACGUGUCUGGAUCCCGAUGCUUGUUAUGAGAUACUUACAGAAAGCCUUCUGUGCUCCAGUCGCCUUGAGAACAUCCACCUAGCUGGUCAAAUGAUGCACUGCAGUGCUUGGUCAGUAAAUCCUGCAGCCAGUGCGGCCCAGAAAGGAAAAAUCCAGUACAGGAUCAGUUACGAGAAAAGUAUUGACUUGGUUUUGGCUGCCAGCAGAGAGUACUUCAACUCAUCCACCAAUCUUAGCGACAGCUGCAUGGAUCUGGCCAGGUGCUGCUUACAGCUGAUAACAGAUAAGCCUGCUGCCAUACAAGAGGAACUAGACCUUAUCCGGGCCCUUGGAUGUCUUGAAGAAUUUGGGGUAAAGAUUCUGCCUUUGCAAGUGCGAUUGUGCUCAGAUAGGAUCAGCCUCAUCAAGGAAUGUAUUUCCCAGUCUCCCAUGUGCUACAAACAAUCUGCCAAGGUUCUAGGCCUUGCUGAGUUGCUGAGGAUUGCAGGUGAAGACGCAGAAGAAAGGCGUGGACAGGUUCUAAUUCUUUUAGUAGAGCAAGCCCUUCAUUUCCAUGACUACAAAGCAGCCAAUAUGCAUUGUCAGGAGCUGAUGGCUGCAGGCUAUGCUAAGAGUUGGGAUGUUUGUAGCCAGUUGGGACAAUCGGAAGGUUACCAGGACUUGGCCACCCGGCAGGAGCUCAUAGCUUUUGCUUUGACGCAUUGCCCUCCUAGCAGCAUUGAGCUGCUUUUGGCAGCUAGCAGCUCUCUACAGGCAGAAAUUCUUUAUCAAAGAGUGAAUUUCCAGAUCUAUCCUGAAGGAGGAGAAAAUAUCAUCGCCUCACCAUUGAUUAGUAAAGCACUACAUGAGGAUGAAAUGAGUGUUCCAGGCAGCAGCUCAGCUGACCUCUUAUACUGGACUACUGCCACCACCAUGAAAGUCCUUUCCAAUACCACGACCACUACCAGAGCAGUACUACAGGCUGUCAGUGAUGGGCAGUGGUGGAAGAAGUCUUUAACUUACCUCCGGCCCCUGCAAGGGCAAGAAUUUGGUGGUGCUUAUCAAAUUGGAACUGUAGCCAAUGAAGAUCUAGAAAAACAAGGGUGUCAUCCCUUUUAUGAAUCGGUCAUCUCUGAUCCCUUUGUCAAUGGGGCUGCAGUGACCUAUGACACCUACCAGCAUGCCCCAGCAGAAAGUUUUGCGGAAGUUCUGCUGAGAACUGGGAAACUGGCAGAGGCUAAAACUGAAGAAGUAUUUCCAACUACAGAAGUUCUUUUGCAGCUGGCAAGUGACGCUUUGCCAAAUGAUAUGACCUUGGCUCUUGCAUACCUCCUUGCCUUACCACAGGUGUUAGAUGCUAACAGGUGCUUUGAAAAGCAGUCCCACUCGGCCUUGUCUCUCCAGCUAGCAGCCUAUUACUACAGCCUGCAGAUCUAUGCCCGACUGGCUCCAUGUUUCAGGGACAAGUGCCAUCCGCUGUACAGGGCCGAUCCCAAAGAGCUAAUCAAGACGGUCACCAGGCAUGUGACUCGACACGGACAUGAAGCCUGGCCUGAAGACCUUGUUUCACUGACUGAGCAGUUACACUACUACAAUGAGCGCCUCCUGGACUUCACUCAGGCACGACUACUUCAGGGCCUUCGGAAGGGGGUGGAUGUGCAGAGGUUCACUGCGGAUGACCAGUAUAAAAGGGAAACUAUCCUUGGCUUGGCAGAGACUCUUGAAGAAAAUGUCUACAACAUUGCUCUUUCUCUGGCACAGCGGUAUAGCAUCUCCCGUUGGGAAGUUUUUAUGACCCAUUUGGAGUUCCUGUUCACAGACAGUGGUUUGUCCACAGGAGAAAUUGAAAAGCGGGCCCAAGCCCUUCAUCUCCUCCAGACUUUGAAGACUGAUCCUGAAGCCUUUCAGAAGCACAUGGCCAAGUAUAUUUACCCCACUAUUGGUGGCCUUGAUCACGAAAGGUUGCUGUAUUAUUUCACUCUUCUGGAAAACUGUGGAUGUGCAGACUUAGGUAGACAUGCCAUUAAGCCAGAAACCCACAUUCGGCUGCUGAAGAAGUUUAAAGUUGUCGCAUCAGGUCUUAAUUACAAAAAAUUGACAGAUGAAAAUAAGAAUCCUCUUGAUGCAUUGGAGCCAGUUCUUUCAAGUCAAAAUAUCUUAUCUAUUUCCAAGCUUGCUCCCAAAAUCCCUGCAAAGGAGGGACGGAUGCUUUUGCCCAGCUCUCUGUACACUGUUUGGUUACAGAAGUUAUUCUGGACUGGAGACCCUCACCUCAUCAAGCAAAUCCCAGAGUCCUCCCCAGAGUGGCUUCAUGCCUAUGAUAUCUGCGUGAAAUACUUUGAUCGCCUCUACCCAGGUGACCUCAUUGCUGUGGUGGAUGCGAUUACAUUCUCUCCAAAGGCUGUGGCCAAGGAAAUACUGCAGAAAUACAGUGACCUCUAUGACCUAUCCCGGUCAGAAAAAGGGAAACUUCAUGAACAAGCUGUGACUAUGUGUUUGGAUGGUCAGCCUCUAAGAAUGAUUCAGCAGCUGCUUGGGGUGGCGGUUGGUCCUCUAGACAUUUCACCCAAGGAUGUAGUACAAUGUGCAAUAAGGAAAAUAAUUUCUGUCUUGGGUGGUACCAGUGCUGACCUUGGUGGGCCAAGAGACCCCCUCCAGGUCCUGGAAGGUGUUGUUGCAGCAGUCCACACCAGUGUAGACAACGGGGAGGAGCUAGUAUCACCUGAGGACCUGCUGGAGUGGUUGCGGCCUUUCUGUGCUGAUGAUACCCAGCCUGUGCGGCCCCGCGUCCAUGUGCUGCAGAUCCUGGGGCAGUCAUUCCACCUGACAGAGGAGGAUGGCAAGCUCCUUGUGCUCUUCAGAACAGAGGCCAUUCUCAAAGCUGCAUGGCCUCAGAGACAGGUAGACAUAGCUGAUGUUGAGAAUGAAGAGAACCGGUACUCUCUAUUCAUGGAACUCUUGGCAUCUAGUCAGCAUGAGGUGGAAUUUCAGCACUUGGUUUUGCUCUUGCAAGCCUGGCCACCUAUGGAAAGUGAAAAUAGAACCAGUAUAACCAGUAAUCCAUGGAUGAGACUAGCUACAGAAAUGCUGACCAGAUGUACAGUGGACAACAAGGAGGAGCUGGGGGAUGAAGUUUUGAAGAUCUGUCGCUCUUUAUAUGGCACCAAGCAUAUGCUGCCCGCAGAGGGCAUAAAGGAGCUGAGCCUGCUUCUGCUGCAUCAGUCCCUCCUGCUCCCGUCUCUGAAACUUCUCCUUGAGACCCAAGAUGACAAUCUGCAUGCCAUGGGCCUAGAGCAAAUCUCAACUGUCAGCAAGGUGAAUGUCUCCAACUGUGACCAAGAGCUUCUUUCCCUGCUCCUGGACGCUGGACUGUUGGUGAAGUGUGUCUCCACUCCCUUCUAUCCACACCUCAUCCGCCACCUCCAGCAAGGGCACUGGGAUGCAGAGGAGCAGGCUAAACACCUGUGGCAGGCCGGCCACGAAGCCGAAGCGGGCUCUCUCCUCCUGGCCGCCAGGAGGACUCAUCCAGCCCUGAGAACUUUCAGCACAGCCCUUGGUGCCGGGCAGCACUGGGUGUAACGCGCCUUCCCUGGCCCUCCUCUGGGGACAGAGAACAUCAGAGCUGAGCGCUGUUCCCAGGGCAACAUGAGCAACACCUGAUUGUCUCAGUGAUGUCAACAAAUUUCAAAUAAAGCUGUAUAUAAAUGGUGA